AUGACGAUAGACAGAAUAGUUUAUUUCUCUACGAGCCGUGUUGAAAUUCUUUGCAUCGCACUUUUGGUUUUUCAAAUACUUUUGUCAAAUGUGAAAUCAUUCGACCUACCCUCGUUGGACCAGAGGGAAAUUUACUCCGUCGAACAAUUAUCGAAUGCUUGGAGGCACAACAUUGGAGCAUAUAAUUGUUCUCUGCAACCAUUGUCGGAAUGGCGCCCUAUCGGCGAGGAUGUUACCAUUUGGUGUUUUAACAGAAAAUCUGAAAAGUUUCGUUACACCCUCAAUGAUCUUGGACAUUUUGGGGAAAUCCUCGAGCAUAACCGAUCCACGGUCCUGUUCAUACAUGGUUGGUUGCAAGACAGAUCUCAGUUUGCCAAGGAGGUUGCCCAGCUUUCGCUGGCAAUGACGAAUAACAACUACUGUUUAAUCGAUUUCGAGCCACUAACAAACAUCGAACUGGAACCAUUUAUGGAAGAGGUUUCACCCAGGAUUGCAACCUAUGUAGCUGGGUUUGUUCAAAGCCUAAGCGCCAUUGGUAUUCCGCCGCGAAUGGUCUCGCUGGUGGGUGAAGGUGUGACGGCACAUCUGGCGGGCCAUGUUGGAGCUAUCCUGGAAGGACACCUAGGCACAAUUAUUGGAUUGGAUCCGAUGGGACCAUUUUUUACCACCGGACCGAAGCAGCAAACGAAACGUUGCACCCUCGACAGAUCCGAUGCCCGGUGGGUGCAGGUUUGGUACACGUCGCUUGGUCAGCUAGGGUCAAGCACACCGUUGGGACAUCAGAACAUUUACAUCAACGGAGGACUCCAUCCGCAGCCCUACUGUGCCUGUUUUACCAGAACAUUUGGUGUCAACAAUCUCUUAACGGAACUGUGCAGUCACUAUUUUGCGGUAAAAGUGUUUAAAGCUACCUUCGACCCAUCUACCGCUCUCAUGGCCACCAGGUGCCGGAACUACAAGGAAUUUUUAGCGGGGCUUUGUGACAUAAGGAAGGCACCACGUGUUACCGGUGAUGGAACUGACGCUGGUAACUUCUACAUCGAAACAUCCUGCCAAACACCUUUCCUGUUGAAUCCUUCAGCCAUGUAA